AUGAACGCCGCAUCUGUCAUCCGUCGUGCUUACACCACCAAGUCUCUCGUUCCUCCCAACUUGGCUGCUGCCACUAAGGUCAGUGGAUCUGCCAAGGACGGUCAGAUUACCCAGUUGGUUGAUUUCUACAAGAAAUUGCCCAAGGGUGCUGCUCAGGCUGCCAAGCCUUCCGGUCCCUGGGGACACUACAAGGCUCGUUACAUUGAUGGUGACAAUGCCUCCAUGACCCCCAUGUUCCAUGCUCUCUUUGGUAUCUUUGUCAUUGGUUACUCCAUCGACUACCACUUCCACUUGAAGCACCACAAGAACGUUGAGCACCAUUAA